AUGCCCCCGAAACCCGCCCCAGGCGCUCCACCUGCUCCAGGCGCCCCGCCUGCCUCAGGCGCCCCGCCCGCCCCAGGCGCCCCGCCUGCCUCAGGCGCCGCACCAGCUCCAGGCGCCGCACCAGCUCCAGGCGCCGCACCAGCUCCAGGCGCCCCACCUGCCAAUGUUAAGAUACAGACACAAGAAGAAAUGGAUUUUUAUGCCCCGGAUUACCUGUGUUUGACCAUCGUGGCCAUAUUUCUUUUCCCUCCCCUGGGACUACCAGCAAUCAUCUUCUCUCGCAAGACCCAGGAGGCCAACAAGAACAGCAAUUGGGAAGAGGCUUACAUCAACUCAGGCCGAACUGGUUGGCUGGAUGUAUUCGCCAUAAUCAUCGGUUUAGGCAUCAUUUAUUACUGUACGCUAUUUAUGUGA